AUGGGGUUUCUAAGCAAAACUUUCAAGUUAAUCUCAGGAGCACGGUGCAUGUCCCCUGCUGCACCUGUUUCUGUGAAUUCGACUGAACAACAGAACGUUUCAUACGCUCGGAUUACUGCCCCUCAAAAGUUUCGACAGCCGGAUUUACCAGCGCAUAAUUUUUGUGCCCUCCGUCCGGUUAGGCAUGGUGAUCAAGGUACUCUUGUUAUACCACGUGAUAUUCAGGAUUCUCAAUUGAAGAAGUUUAAGAAUGCUCUUAUAGGCAGACUUUUGUUAAAUAAAGGCGAUAAGCCGAGGCAAUCUCGUGAGUUAAAGGCGGAACUUCAAUCGCUUUGGAAAAUUUCUUCUCCCUGGCACUUGAUGCCGAUGGGUAAGGGUUACUAUACUCUUAGAUUUCAGUCGAAAGAGGAUAAAGCCACUGCAAAAGCUAAUCUUUUAUGGAAUUUAUCUGUUGGAUCGCUUCGGUUACGUGAUUGGGUUCGUUACUUUAAUCCCUACAAGGAAUCUUCUUCUCUCGCUCAGAUGUGGGUUCGGAUUUAUCAUUUGCCUGUGGAGUUUUGGCAUCCUGAAAUUAUUUCGGGUAUUGGAAGUUGGCUUGGACAGCCGUUGAAAAUUGAUGGAAAUUCUAUGACUGAAGAUGUAGGACACUUUGUGCGUAUGUUGAUUGAAAUUGAUUUGGCACAGACUUUGCCGAUGAUGCUUAAUAUUGAUGGAGGGGACUACGAGUUUUCGGUGGAGUUCAGUUAUGAAUAUAUUCCUAUUUUUUGUCAUCGAUGCAAGAUUACGGGCCAUUCGAUGGAGAAAUGUCGCAAGAGUGACAAAUCACAGGGGAAAGACAACAGAUGA